UCUUCCCACCAAAAAAGCAAAAGCUAUCGCCUUGUUCUUCAAUUAGAUUCUCAUUCCACUGUAUCAUCGUCCCAAUACCCACGCCCAAAUUCCACUUCCAUACACCUUAAAUUUCUGUUUGAUAAUCGGAAAUGGAGGUUAACGAGUUUGAACUCUAUCACGAUUCUAUCAAUUGAACUGCUGUUUCAGUGCUCUCAGAUAGUUCCACCUGUAAUUGCAGUUCCUGAGUUUUGUGCCAGUUUAUAUCUCCCAAGAAAACAGCUUUUGGUUUUGUUUUGGUUGCACACUAGCAACCUUUUCGCUACAGCAAUUCUUGGUGUUUCACUUGAGUGGUUUGAAGGCUUUUUCCAGCCUUUUAUUCUCGAUUGGUAGCUGUCUCGCAAAUAAACCGGUUACAAGAUCAUGGAAUUUUCUUGCGGAGAAUUCUGUAUUCUUUCUUCCCAUUGAUUUUCUCCUUCUGUAAUCCUUGUCCCAACCCAUAGAAGUUGAAGAAAUGUUGGAUUUAGACAAACCGGUGGAGCCACCAAUGAAACGAAGAGCCGGUCUAUGGAUUGUACAAGCAGGACGAGGGUCAUAUCGUGGAAGUUAGUGAUUGAUCUGUUCUAACUGCUUGGCUGAUUUUUGUUGCAACGUAUUUUAAUUUUUUCGGUAACAUAAUAAUCAAUGGGGAGUAGAUUUUUGCGGCCAUUCCUCCAAUCUCUUUGCUGCAAUUCUCCUUGGAAUUAUGCAGUGUUCUGGAAGCUUAAUCAUCAUGAUGAAAUGACUUUGUCAUGGGAAGAUGGCUUUUGUGACAUGUUAAAGCAAAGUGAUGCCAUGGCAAGCCCGGUAGAAGAUUUGUACUUCAAAAACUCAAAUAUGAUUUUAUCACCGGCUUUAACGCCAAGUCUGCUUGAUGGAACUCCUGGCGACUAUCUAGUUGGAUAUGCAAUAGCUGAAAUGUCGCAUUCUUCUCAUGUCGUGGGGAGCGGGGUUGUUGGCGAAGCAGCUGUAAAGGGAAAUGCUAGCUGGAUAUAUGCAGACAGCAUACAAGCUGAUGUUUUGAAUUCCAUCUUAGUUUCUAAGUAUCCAGAUGAAUGGCUGCUUCAAUUUGCGGCCGGCAUAAAGACAAUAUUACUUCUGCCUGUAAUUCCUGAUGGAGUUCUACAGCUUGGAUCAACUGAAAUGGUGUCUGAAGAUGCAGUGCUAGUUGCGUAUCUCAAAAAUAAGUUUGAGCUGCAUAAACAAAGCAAUGGAUAUAUUCAACAGAUCUCCUCGAUGUCUACUUUCAUGGAUUAUUUAGAGGAGCCAUCAACCAUUACCACAGAAACAGUAACUGUGGAUCAAAAUUCUAUUCAUGCUGUAGAAGAUUUAUACCCAAUUGAAAAUCAGACUGUGCCGGUGUUCAUGUUCCAUGAUUUAUACAACUCAUCUGAGAGGCAUGUAGAAGAUAACCAUGAGAAUGCGGCUGAAGGAGAAAUGAAUCCGCAACCAAUGGGUAUAAUUCAUGUACCUGAGCCAUUUCAAUUGUCACAUGCAGAUUAUAUAGACGGAAUCUCAAAAUAUAUUCAUGAAGAAAGACUUUGGGUAUCUCCUUAUUCCUAUGAGUUGAAUAGGAGGACGUGUGGGGAUCUUGUGAAUGAAUUAAUGGAUUACAAAUUUGAGGAAGGUGGAACUGAACUAACAUGCAUAGGCAAUGACUUUGAUAAUGGCAUUUCUGAGAGUGGAAGCAACCUUUUCAACUUCCAUGAGGCCUCCGGACUGGGCAAAGCUCUUGGGGGAGUUAUACAGAAUAAAACUCAUGAACAUAUUUAUGGCGAGUCUAUCUUGAGUCAAGAUGUUGCUUUCCACUCCUUUGGUGAAAGAGUGCCCUCUGGCACUGUGGAUGUGUCAGGUGUAGAGUCUGUUGGAUUUCUUGUGAAACACAUGGAAGUGGAGCACCUCUCCGAAACUGUUGUUGCUAAUUUAAGCAAUGGUUUUGAUGAUAAUUCAUCUGACAAGUCCAUCAUUACCACAGUAAAUAUGCCAUCUCAUGGUUUAUACAAAGCUCGUGCUCAUUCCAAACACAGUGCUUCUUCAGUAGAAAGCAAGAUUAGUUCACUCUCUGAUAAGCAGCAACCCAGAAAGGGACAUGAUCCUGUGAACAAAAGAAAAUUAUCAAGAUUAUCAACUACCUGCAAGAAAAGGACACAUAGUGGUGAUAAUCAAAGGCCUCGACCACGUGAUAGGCAGUUGAUUCAAGACAGGAUCAAGGAGCUAAGGGAGCUCGUACCAAAUGGUGAAAAGGGUAGCAUCGAUGGACUCCUGGACAAGACCAUAAAGCACAUGCUAUUUUUAAGAAAUGUGACCAAUCAGGCAGAUAAGUUGAGGCACCCAAUUCUGGAAGAGGAAGUUGGUGACAAUACAACAAAACCAGCUGAAGUCAAGUGUAGCCAUCGAGAUGGGGCAAGCUGGGCUGUGGAACUAGGAAACGAGCAACAUUUUUGCCCCAUAAUUGUGAAAGAUCUAGACCAUCCUAGACACAUGCUUAUAGAGAUGGUCUGCACUGAUCAUGAUCGCUUUCUAGAGAUUGCUGAUGUUAUUCAUCGUCUAAAACUAACCAUCCUCAAAGGUGUGAUGGAGAAAACUGCUGAUAAUUCAUCAUGGGCUCGCUUCAUUGUUGAGACCUCAGGAAGCUUCCAUCGGCUAGAUAUAUUUUGGCCAUUGAUGCAACUCCAAAAAGAUCCCGCGCCUAUCUCAACUAGCACCUAAGCUUGUCUGCCCAGAUCGUUGGACUGUCUUGUACGUAAUGGGAGGUGCACGGAAUCAUUGCAGUUUGGUUUGAUCUAUAACAUAACUGCUUGGAAGAUGUUGGGAGAAAGUAGCUGCAUAUGUAUAUUAGGUAAUUAGAAAUCUGCAGAAUUGAUUGCUAUCUUUUAACACUUAUGUUAAUUGAUUAUCAGACUGUCUGUUUAAAUUUAGAAAAUGAAAACUUGCAUAAAUCUUGAGCUGGUUGAAAGUGAAA